UGGCAGGCCCUCGUUCAAGUAAUAUCUUGCGAACUCAUCGAGGCUACUCUAAAGGCAAGAUUUUUUCCAUAGUACUUAACUGUGGGCACAUGCCCCGUUUAAUAAAAAUCACAGGGAGUGAUUAAUGGCUCAUAAUCAUGGAAUUUAAUUGAUAAGUAGUUUACUGUGCAGUUGAAGGGUUUUUGAGGCGUGGGUUUGAAUCAGAGAGAAGAAAAAAGUUAUGCAGCAGCUAGUGAUUUUUCUUUUGCUCAUGGCAUUGAGUUAUGCCGCAGAAUACGAAGGAGAAUGCGAGUCUAUUCCGCCGUUAACGCCCAGACUUCACACAGUUUCUGUUUUGGAAUUUGGGGCUGUCGGGGAUGGGAAAACAUUAAACACUGUGGCAUUUCAAAAUGCUAUUUUCUAUUCGCAGUCCUUUGCUGACAAAGGUGGUGCCCAACUUUAUGUACCCGAGGGAAGGUGGCUUACUGGAAGCAUUAACCUUACGAGUUAUCUGACACUUUUCCUGGAAAAAGAUGCGAUCAUUCUUGGCUCUCAGGAUCAUAGUUACUGGGAUGUAGUCAAACCUUUACCUUCUUAUGGCCGAGGUAUUGAGCUACAUGAUAGAAGAUAUGGCAGCUUAAUUACAGGAUAUAAUGUAACUGAUGUCGUGAUAACGGGCAAUAAUGGAACAAUUGAUGGCCAAGGCUCCUUAUGGUGGGAACAAUUCACUGCUCAUUCUCUAAAUUACAGUCGACCAAAUUUAGUGGAAUUCGUUGGUUCAAACAAUGUUGUUAUCUCAAACUUAACCUUCUUAAAUGCACCUGCUUGGAACAUUCAUGUUGCUUAUUGCAGGAAGGUGUUAGUUCAGAAUGUAACAAUUUAUUCUCCACCCAAUGCUCCAUACGCUAGCGGAAUAGUCCCAGAUUCUUCCGAGCAUGUUUGCAUUGAGAAUAGCAACAUUAGCACAUGUUAUGAUGCUAUUGCGCUUAAAAGUGGUUGGGAUGAGUAUGGAAUUGCCAAUGGAAAACCAACUGCAAAUGUUCACGUUCGAGGCGUUCGUGUGCAUUCUUCUUCAGGAUCGGGUAUUGCUUUCGGCAGCGAGAUGUCGGGUGGCAUAUCCGGUAUACUACUCGAGCACCUUCGCGUGCACAACUCCCCAACUGGCGUUGGGCUUAAGACAUCAAGAAGAAGAGGUGGCUAUAUCAAAGGCAUAUACAUAUCAGACGUGCUCAUGGAAAAUGUAACGCGAGGAAUUAAGGCAACAGGUCAGUGCAAAUCUCAUCCAGAUGACAGAUUUGAUCUUAAUGCAUUGCCAGUGGUUAGUGGCAUCACCUUUAAGGACGUUGUCGGUGUGAAUAUGGCUACAGCUGGGAUAUUUUAUGGAAUUAGUGAAUCUCCUUUCACUUCCAUAUGUUUGUCCAAUGUAUCUUUCUCUGUCACCUCUGACCCCUCCACAUCAUGGAUAUGCUCAAACGUGUUCGGUUCCUCUAUAAAUGUGUCACCCGAACCAUGUCCAGAGCUCAAGGGCUUAUUUACAAGUUUGUCCUCCGAUUGUUUCUCCAUCUCCUAUCCAAAUACUGAAGUUGCAGUUUCAUGAUAUAAGGUGCUGGACUUUCAAUUAUAUAGAAUAAGAUGCUAUUUCUCUACCAAUUCUGUUAUACAAUAUUCCAUACCCUGCUCUUCUUAUUGAACACCAGCUCCCUCCAGAAAACUUUUCCAGCAAUCUCUGAUCAUAUUACCGUGUACAGGAGUCAGGUUUUUCAAUUGGAGAGAAGUUUAGCAUUGUCAUUGAUUUCAAAUUGCCAGUCGAUCUUUCACAUUGUAAGUUUUGUAUUGGAUACUGCUGCAAGAUUGAUUGUUCAGAAUGAAAGGGUUUCUUGAUUGGAGAUGAUAUACAAGUUACUUUGCAUUCUGUCUGUA